AGUGGUCAUCUGAAGACGUGCUGCACCACCGCUAACCACUCAAUCUGAGCGAGCCCAUCUCACCGGCUUCUGAGGAGGAAGGGUGAGACAGCAUGUAAGCACUGCUUGGAGACCUUUUUUGGGCUGUUUUAAUUACAAUUCAGGAUUAGAGAAUAUACUUUGUAUUUUAAUAUUUUGAAGAAAAGAGGAAUUGGUGAAAUGGUUUCCAAUUUUAAGUGAAAGCUGCAUUACGUAUAGUCAAUUUUAGAAAAACUACAGACAACGCAAUGGCUCAAAUGGACGCAGAGUUUGGUGUGCAGGGCAGCAGCAUCAUCAGGGAAUGGAGUGGACAGGUCCAUCCUGCUCUGGUUGCCUCUUUUGUUUUCCUCGUCUGUCUGGAAGCCUGUCUGUGGGUCAGGAACCUCAGGCUCAAGAGGAGACUGCCGGGACCCUUUGCCUGGCCUGUGGUGGGCAACGCCAUGCAGCUGGGCCAGAUGCCUCACAUCACCUUCGCCAAGCUCGCCAAAAAAUAUGGCGAUGUGUAUCAGGUACGACUGGGCUGCAGCGAUAUCGUGGUUCUGAAUGGAGACAAGGCGAUACGUCAGGCCUUGAUACAGCACAGCACAGAGUUCGCAGGCAGACCAAACUUUGUGUCUUUUCAGAUUGUCUCAGGGGGGGAAAGCAUGACUUUCAUGAAUUACAGCAAACAGUGGAAGAUGCACAGGAAAAUUGCUCAAACAACAAUUAGAGCAUUCUCAUCUGCCAACAGCCAGACCAAAAAAGCUUUUGAGCAGCAAAUUGUGGCUGAAGCCAUGCAGCUUGUCGAGAUUUUCCUUAAAUUCAGUGCUCAGGGCAAGUAUUUCAACCCUGCUCAUGAGCUGACGGCAGCUGCUGCUAACGUGAUUUGUGCGUUGUGCUUUGGAAAGCGUUAUGGACAUGAUGACACCGAGUUCAGAGCCUUGUUACACAACGUGGAUCAGUUUGGACAGACGGUAGGGGCUGGCAGCUUGGUAGACGUGAUGCCAUGGCUUCAGUCUUUCCCCAAUCCAGUCCGUAGUGCCUUCAGGAACUUUAAACACUUGAAUGAAGAGUUCUUUCAGUUUGUCAAGAGCAAAGUGGAGGAGCACCGAGAGACCUUUGAUCAAGAGGUGACGAGGGACAUGAGUGAUGCUAUUAUUGGUGUCGUUAACAAUUCUGUCAGUGAACACCAGCUCACCAAAAGCUACACAGAGGCGACAGUGUCAGAUCUGCUCGGUGCAGGUUUGGAUACUGUCUCCACUUGUCUUCACUGGAUUGUCCUUUUGUUGGCCAAACACCCCGAAAUACAAACCAAACUCCAUGAGGUCAUUGACAAGGUGGUGGGGAGAAACAGGCUGCCAUCUAUCGAGGACAGAGUUCAUAUGGUUUACCUGGACGCCUUCAUCUACGAGGUCAUGCGCUUCACCAGCUUUGUCCCCGUCACCAUCCCUCACUCCACAACUUCGGAUGUAACUGUCGGUGGCCUCCACAUCCCCAAAGACACAGUGAUCUUCAUCAAUCAGUGGUCCGUCAAUCAUGACCCCCUGAUGUGGAAGGACCCACAUAUCUUUGACCCUUCACGCUUCUUGGAUGGUAACGGCUCCCUAGACAAGGAUCUCACCAACAAUGUUAUGAUCUUCUCAGCAGGGAAGAGAAGAUGUAUUGGGGACCAGAUUGCCAAAGUGGAGAUAUUUUUGUUCUUUGCAGUUCUGCUCCAUCAGUUCAGCAUUGAAAAAUGCCCAAAUGAGGACUUCUCUUUAAACUGCACUUAUGGUUUAACACUGAAGCCUUUAGAUUACAAGAUCACAGCCAAACUCAGGGGAGAAUUACUUAAAAGCCAGUAAAAGCUGUUACAGCAAUGCAAUUUAAGGUAUGUGUUCUGAAACAAGUAUUCAUUCCUUGUAUUACAGAUAUGUUUUUUGUAAUUAGCUUUAAAUUAACCAAAAAUGCAAAUAAUUAACUUUGUCACUUAGGCUGAGAUUAAAAAAACACUCUGGAAAUGGCAUUAGACAACAUGCAAGUUAUAAGUGAACUCAAGUCUCAAUUCUGAAAAGCUGUGACUUGGUAUGAAAAGCCUAAAUUUAGAAAAGGAUGUAAUGAAAACUUUGAUGUGAUUGCUUAAAAACCACAAUUCAUAAUAAAUCUUAAGUAUGUAUUGUUAUUUAUAUGAGGGUAUUUAGUGGGAGUCACACUAAAUUGCAAUAUAAACUGGCGGUGAUGAACAAAUUUCUGUCAAAGCCUUUUUGCUUUUUUCGCUGACAGGGAGGAAUCUUGCCCAAGCUGUGUGGUCUCAAGUGAACAAUUAUUCAGCCAGACACUCAUUUAUCUUUGUAUGUACUGAACUUUUUCAUGUUAGAGCUUCAGUGUGCAUGCCGUGUGCAUCAGUGUACUCUCAAAUCAUGCAUAACGCUGACGUAUUCUGAUAACAACCUAAUGUAACGUGUAAAAGCCACUAAUUUAACUGUCGGUUAUACUGUCUUCUUCUUUUAUUGCACAUAAUACAUCACUGUACAACAUGAUUUAAGCAUACCACAUUAUACCACAUUGUAUAAGUAAUGAGCUGUAGCCUAUACAGCAGGUCUGAUAAAUGAUGUUUUCAUAAUGAACAUAAUCCAACACAAUACAGUCUGUGUUCUCCAGUAUGAGUAAAGCUUUGAAUGUACAAUAAACAUUUUCUACUGA